AUUCUGAACGUCUUACGGGGGAUUCAUACAGCCUUAAAAAUGACUGAGCUGCUAACAAUUUAAAACGGGUAGCAAGUGAGGGGAGCCUAGCUUCCAGAUACAAGACCUUGAUUGCUACAAAUUUAGGAAGGCCUAAACAUAAUCUCAAGGCUUGUCUCUCGAGGACUACAAGAGGAAGCUUAUAAGCAGGAGCCCCAGCGUACAAUAUGCGCACGAAUUCAAGAACUGGGCGAACAUACGUGCAGUAUAUUGAUAAAAGCGUUUUUCUCCGCACACCUCACCAACUAUUGCUGAUCUUCUUUAACCAUCCAACCAAUGCACUUUUAUUUCCAAACCUUUAUUUUCUUUUCCGGGUUUCUACGCACGUGGCGCGGCUGCCACCUGCGGUCGCCUCGUGCUACGACGAGGAAGACGAGAAUCGCCAUGGCGCCGACUGGAAUGUUAGCAAUGUGGCUGUGCUUGAUAGUAGCGCUCAGCGGACUGGGCGCCGCCACAACGGCGGUUGGAGCGCAAGAUCAAGAUGCUGCAGACAAUCGGCAGGCCCAGCCCGUGCCAAGGACCGUCGUCGUGGCUGGAUCCGCUGGCGUGCCACUGAGCGCCAACUCGGCCCUAGCGCCGGUCAGCCACCAGGAGUACGGGGCUGUGCAGUCAGCGGGCAGCUACGGCCUAGCGCCGCGCAGCAGGCUGCGCCGGAACGCCCACAGACGCAGGAGGCGCCUGGACAACCCGCGUUACUACUACCCCAACGGCGACUACUCAGCAGACACAGAGGUCGGCUGGGACAACUACCGUCGGCGAGCCGUGCGCGAGCCAGCUGAGGUGGGCCGGCGUCCGGACUCCUUCCAGGCAUCCUACGCGGCUCCGCUGGAAUCGGACGCCGGCGUCGCCUCGGCGGAGCGCUUCAAAUUCGACGAAGGUCGCAGGGAGCCGGAGCAGGAGUACGCGGCCGGAGGGUACGACUACCGGACUGGCUACCAGCACCAAGGCUACCAGAAGCAGCGGCGCUCCGCUGCUGCAGCGCCGGGACCCCGACGGAACGCCAAGCAGUGGGGCUCGUGGCAGUCAGACUACGGAGGUCACGUGCAGCAGUCCUGGAACGAGCGCUACCCGCAGUAUGACUACGGCGAGGCAGCUGUUGCAUACGCAAAGAAGGAGCCGUCCAGGUUUUAUGGCCGCGAAGAAUCCGCUGCUGGUGUGGCCGAUCCGGGCAGCAACGCGCCGUCCAGCUACGCUGCCGAAGUCGCCGGCCAGGACGGAGUCGUGGAGCGCGCCGGAGACGUGCCGGCCGUCGCCGCUGUACCCCAGUAGGGCAACAAUAAACCAAGGAGAGCA